GUACUGUGCCGCUGACAAUGAGCCGCGGCGGUGACUGUGAUAAGUGAAUCGCGUAAGGCCAUCCUCGUUGCUGAACGCGUAUAGUGGCAGUGGAGAAAGAUCGCACGUCGACCGCUGAUAGAGUUCAUCUCUUGAUGAUUCGCGCUUUACGUGGGCCGCAGGCAAGCCGGAACUCGCAAUUAUGUUCGAGGUACCGCCGAAGUUCUACGAGCUGUGUCGCCUUUGUUUAUCGUCGGACGGUGUCAAGUUGUCCAUAUUCGAGGAGGAGGGCACCCAGCGAAACUUCGUCGACAAGAUACUGACAUGUCUGUCGCUCACGGUGAAGGAUAAUGAUUCCCUACCACCAAUUAUCUGCCAUCGGUGUGUAUAUAAAUUGGAUGCACUGUGUAGCUUUCGUGAGGCGUCGCACAAGUCUGACAUUAUACUCAAACAGUACCUGGAUUAUGCCAAGCAACUGUCGUCUCACGACGAGCAGAAAAAGUCUUUCUCCACUGCCAAAGUAGCGGGUACAAGCCCUCUGCAAUCGUUCCUCCAAUUGAACAAGAUACUGUUCAACGAGGAGCCUAACUCCGAGCCGGCCAGCAUUAAUCAAAACAUAAUACCUCAAACACAAACGCAUCGUCUGGAAUUGCAUAACGACGAUAUGCCAGAGUUUUACAAUGUUAAGUGCGAGCCAGGAGACGACACCUGCUCUAACAGUUCAGAUCCUGACCGAUUGGAAAUCGAGGAUCGCGACGAGCAAGAUAGCGAGAGCGAAGAAAAUGUCUGCGACACGACCGUCAGCAAGAGAAUUAAACUAGAGAGCAAUUAUGAUGACUCCGAGCCUAACACAGCCAAUUGUAGCCCGGUUAAUAGGAUGGACACUCCGGAAAGCAAUUGUUCCGACACCAACAUUGAUCAAGAGACGACCAAGUUAUGGCAAGCCCUAGCCAACAAUAGAAGCUUGGAAAUCACUCGAACGAACGGCGAUAAGCUAAACAAUGGAUUUACUGGCGAAGCAACCAAUCUGCUGCGCACUUUGAUCAACACUAGGCAGAUCGGUAUUACUCCGGUUGAUUCGGAUAAGUUAGCUCCGCCAGUCAGAUUUUACAGGGAUAUGCAAGGGACUACCAUGGAACGUAAUUUGUCCGAUUGCUCCGUUCUCGGUAAUCGUACCAAUGUAGCAACUUUAGAAAAUAAGUGUGCCUCGAUAGACAGUAAUCCGUCUAGCCCUGCCAGCGUCAGCCGUAAAGAGGCAACCUCGACAAAAGGCCGCAGGAAACAGAGUUACCCAAGCAAGGCUCCGGCGAGCCCGGACGUCGUCGCCGCGUAUCAACAUGAACACAACGAAGAGCAAGCGCAGGAUUUUACCACGUGGUCCAACAAGAUAAAGAGCAAGAUGGACGAACAGAAGCAACAGUUUGACCAGCAAAGUAGCAACGUUACGAAGAAAGUCGAAAUGACCUGUUCGAAUUGCGGCACCAUGACGACGACCAUCUGGAGAAGAAAUAUGAAGGGCGAGAUGGUGUGCAAUGCUUGCGGGUUGUAUUACAAGUUACACGGCAUUAAUCGACCGGUUACCAUGCGAAGAGAUACUAUACAUACGCGUAGGCGUAGACCUAAAGGCGAAAAACCAACGAGGCAUAGAAAGAAAGGAAACACGAUCGUAGCAUCUCAAGGAACGGAACAAAUGGAUCGCGAUGACAGCAUGAUGGAGGCUCUUCGACGACAAAUUCAGCCUCAUCUGAUGAUGGCGUUGACACCUCAACGUAUAGCCGCUGGCCAUCCACCUCCGCCUGCUACUCAACUGAAUUAUUCAUUACCUUUGCCUAAUUACAUGCUUCAUCAACAUGUGAAAACCGAAGGCACGCGUGUGCAGCGGCAUUUGUCCGUAGACACCGAGGAAGCAGACGAAGGUGAUGAGGAGAACGUUUCCGAUGUUCCCCUGAAUUUGGUGGCGACUUCGCUCUCGGAUCAGGCGCACUGAGAGAGUACUCGGUCGACUUUCACGCCUAGGUAUGCUUACGAAAGCUUUCUAGACGGCGCAGUCCGUUUAGCGAGUCUCCAUUUCUUUCUGCUAAGAAAUAGCGAAUCGUUUUAUGACGGAUGCGGUAGAUCGCGACGGUGUUAUGAAAGAGAAGAGAGCCACUACUCUCUCGCUCAGCGCGCACCACGAAACGGGAUGAUAUUAAUUACGCAGUAUUAAUUAUUCAUGAUGUACAUACACAGACAUGUACGCGUAUGCGAUACGCAUGUACGUACUCACGCAUACAAACACGUACACGUCAUACACAACACGUACACAUACACACAAUGAGACCGUCGAACACAUCUCGAAACACAGAGACACACAUAUAAGAAAAUAUUUUUAUACAAAAUUUUGUACGCUCGUCCGUUGUACAUAUAUGUGCCGCGGAACUACCCGUGGUGCCACUCGGAGACGCUCGUCGUUAUCGUCGUUAUCGUCAUCGUUUCAUUUCGAUCAAGGGUUUUACAAUAACGGCGACGACGGCGAUCUUUCCAAUGGCGUACCUGCAAGGUCGUUUUGACUUUCAACAUUCAUCUGCAUUAUGCUCCAAAUUUGAAGGUCCUCUCGAACUUUUAUACGUUGCAUAAUGAAUGUUGGAUUUUUCAUUUUAUUUUAAUACAAAUAGCAAACCCGGUUAAUACAACUGGUUAUCACUAUUUGGUAGUAUCAAGUAUUACAAUUUUCUUUAUCGUAUCUUAGGUAUUUAUUUUUUAUGACGGCUU